AUGGAAGUUGAACAUCUUGUCCGAUACAAAUCUGAUCACGCUGCUUUGUUACUUAGAAAGAAGGGCGAAAGAAAAAAGAAGAAGGACAAAACAAAAAGUUUCAAGUUCAAAACGAGUUGGUUAUUGGAGGACUCCUGUGAAAGAACUGUGAGAGAGGCUUGGGUGAGGUCCGAAGGGUGCACAACUGUUGAGAGAAUAGCUACUGUAGCUCGGUGUUUGGGGAUGUGGAGUUCGAAAAAAUUUCAAAACUUGGACAAGCAGAUUGAUGAUGCUGAAUCUACUCUCAAUUCGGCCCAAGCUCAGAGGUCUUCAGUGGAGAGUGGUGUUUGGAGCUUGGAUGAAGAGAAAAUCGAGGGUAUUAUUACAAAGCAUUUUGAGGCACUAUUAUCAUCUUUGACUCCUUCUGAUCUUGACAUCCAAGAGGCCCUUGAAAACAUAAAUCCAAGCAUUACUCCAGCCAUCAAUGCAGAGCUCAUGAAACCCUUUACAAAGGACGAGAUUUUGGAAGCGCUGAAACAAAUGCAUCCAUGCAAAGCCCCAGGCCCGGAUGGUAUGCACGCAGUUUUCUAUCAGAGAUUUUGGCACAUUAUUGGCGAUGAGGUAACUUCUUUUGUUACUAGUAUUUUACUCGGUUUCUCAUCUCUGAAGCAUGUUAACAACACUAACAUUGUCUUGAUCCCUAAAGUUACUUCUCCCACUAUUACUACUGAAUAUCUCCCUAUUGCUCUGUGUAAUGUCCUCUAUAAAUUGGUGUCAAAAUCUAUUGUUAUGCGGCUAAAAAAUAUUCUCCCUGAUAUCAUCUCCGAAAAUCAGAGUGCUUUUGUCCCGGGGCGUCUCAUUACUGAUAAUGCACUCAUAGCUCUAGAAAUUUCUCAUACUAUGAAAAAUAUGAGUAAAAGUAAGAAAUGGACGAUAGCGAUGAAAUUGGAUAUGAGCAAGGCAUACGACAAAGUGGAAUGGGGUUUUUUGAGAAAACUUCUUCUAACUAUGGGGUUUGAUGGUCGAUGGAAAAUUAAUUAUGAGAAGUCGGAGGUUUCUUUCAGUAAAGGUGUGCCUAUUGAGAAAAGAGAAGGUUUGAUGGAGAUAUUACAUAUGCGACAAGUUGACAGACAUGAAAAGUACUUUGGUAUCCCAACAAACGUUGGCCGAUCAAAAAAAGUAAUUUUUGAGGCAGUUUUCGACAGGAUUUGGAAGAAAUUGCAAGGGUGGAAAGAAAAGCUUCUCUUUAGAGCAGGGAAGGAAAUUAUUCUUAAAUUUGUAAUCCAAGCCAUUCCAACUUAUCUGAUGGGCGUCUACAAAUUUUCGAGUCUGAUUAUCCAACGCAUUCAUUCGGCUAUGGCACGGUUUUGGUGGGGUUCGAGUGAGGGUAAAAGGAAAAUCCACUGGAAGAAUUGGGAUUAUAUGUGUACUCUGAAAUGCCUUGGGGGUAUGGGAUUUCGUGAUUUAAGUGUGUUUAAUGAUGCUCUCUUGGGAAGGAAAGCUUGGAGGCUUGCGACUGCUCCUUCUUCUUUCCUUUGUCGUGUAUUCAAGGCAAAGUAUUACCCUCAUUCCGAUUUCCUUGAUUCAUAUCUCGGCUAUGCAGGGAGUUAUUCGUGGCGUAGUAUAUGGUCUUCAAAAGCUAUAGUCAAGGAGGGGGUUUUGUGGAAGGUUGGUAAUGGUCGCAACAUCAACUUGUGGUCGGAUCCUUGGGUGGCCGAUGAGGAUGGACGAUUUAUUCUGAGCGAGGAAUCUGAUUCGCUGUCAAGAGUCUCUGAUCUUAUUGACGCUGAUAGAAAAGAGUGGAAAUAUAAUAUUCUUGAUGAGUAUUUCAAUGAUAGAGAUGUGCGAUGUGUUUUAGAAAUUCCGCUUAGUGAAGGUGACUGUGAAGACGAAAUUUCAUGGGCAUUUUCGAAGACAUGGGACUAUAUUGUCAGUUCCUCUUAUUAA